AGUGUAUAAAUGCUAUUCUAAUCUAAGCAUAAUCAUAUAACAAAGCAUCACUUUUUCUGCAGCACCUAGAAAACUCCCAAGUGGGCGUUAAUAUUAUUAUUAUUAACUGCAUGAAGACAAACAGUGACAUAUGCAGUGCCUACCUCCACAUGUUAUUUAUUCCAAAAACAGAGGAGCAGCUUACUUUCUAUUGCAACUGCAAAGUGAUAACUGACUCGGACAAGCUUUUCUUCUCCAAAGUGCCGCAUCAACCACUGACCUGAUGGAGGACUUUAACAAGUUAGUUGAAGCAGAAGCAGCAAAUAUACAAAGACAAGGAGAAGAUGAGGAAGAACGAGACCCCGAGAGCAACACGCUCCAUCAGCCCCUGCUCAAAAGAAACCGAACGCUUUCUUCAAGUCCACUCGCCAUAGUUGGAGCCAAGGUUUCUCACAUUGAAAGCUUGGACUACGAGAUAAAUGAAAAUGAUCUGUUUAAACAAGACUGGAGAAGCAGAUCAAAAACCGAAGUAUUGCAGUAUAUCUUCUUGAAAUGGUUGCUGGCCUUCCUAGUUGGGCUUCUGACAGGACUCAUAGCCACUCUCAUCAAUCUUGCAGUUGAAAACAUUGCAGGAUACAAACUUCUUGCCGUGGUUAAAUACAUCGAGCAGAAAAGAUACCUCAUGGGCUUCAUAUAUAUGGCUGGAGCAAAUUUUCUUCUAACACUGGUAGCUGCGGUUCUCUGUGUUUGUUUUGCACCUACAGCAGCUGGCCCUGGAAUUCCUGAAAUUAAAGCUUAUCUGAAUGGAGUUGACACCCCCAACAUGUUUGGCGCAACAACAUUGAUAGUAAAGAUCAUUGGAAGUAUUGGAGCUGUUUCUGCUGGCUUAGAUCUCGGAAAAGAAGGGCCACUGGUGCACAUUGGCAGUUGCAUUGCAUCCCUAUUAGGCCAAGGUGGGCCAGAUAAUUACCGCAUUAGAUGGCGCUGGCUACGAUACUUCAACAAUGACAGGGACCGGAGAGAUCUAAUCACCUGUGGUUCCUCAUCUGGAGUCUGUGCUGCCUUCCGAUCCCCAGUUGGUGGUGUCCUCUUUGCUCUUGAGGAGGUGGCAACAUGGUGGAGAAGUGCUCUCCUUUGGAGAACUUUUUUCAGUACAGCAGUAGUGGUCGUAGUGCUUAGGGCCUUUAUGGAAUACUGCAAAUCUGGCAACUGCGGACUGUUUGGAAAAGGAGGCUUAAUCAUGUUUGACGUCAGCGGUGUUUCUGUGAGAUACCAUGCUGAGGACAUUAUACCUGUUGCAGUAAUAGGAGUCCUUGGAGGAGUUUUGGGAAGCCUUUACAACCACUUCCUCCACAAGGUCCUCAAAGUCUACAACAUCAUAAAUGAGAAGGGCAAAUUGCAUAAACUUCUUCUCAGUCUGAGCGUAUCCAUUUUCACAUCUAUAUGCAUGUAUGGACUUCCUUUCCUUGUCAAGUGCCGACCUUGUGACGCCUCCUCACUGGAGUCUUCCUGUCCCACAACUGGACGUGCAGGAAACUUCAAACAAUUCAACUGCCCGAAAGGAUACUACAACGACCUAGCCACUCUUCUCAUUGCAACCAAUGAUAAUGCUGUUCGAAAUAUUUUCUCCAUAAACACUCCAACAGAAUUCCAUAUAUUUUCUCUUACUAUCUUCUUUGCACUAUAUUGCAUAUUAGGACUCAUUACCUUUGGCAUUGCCGUUCCAUCCGGCCUCUUCCUCCCUAUCAUUCUCAUGGGUUCAGCUUAUGGUCGAAUGCUCGGUAUUGCCAUGGGACCAUAUACAAAAAUUGAUCAGGGCCUCUAUGCCGUUCUUGGGGCCGCCUCACUUAUGGCUGGUUCCAUGAGAAUGACUGUUUCCCUCUGUGUCAUAUUUCUUGAGCUUACCAACAACCUUCUCUUGCUACCCAUUACAAUGCUAGUUCUUUUAAUUGCUAAAACAGUAGGAGACUGCUUCAACCCAAGCAUCUAUGAUAUAAUACUGGAACUAAAAGGACUGCCUUUCUUGGAUGCACAUCCUGAGCCAUGGAUGAGGAAUAUCACAGUAGGUGAGCUUGCUGAUGUCAAGCCACCAGUUGUUACACUUAGUGGAAUUGAGAAGGUGAGUCAUAUUGUAGAAGUCCUGAAAAAUACCACACAUAAUGGUUUCCCAGUUGUAGAUGCAGGAGUGAUACCACCAAUGGGUUCACCAAAUGGGGCAACUGAAUUGCAUGGGCUGGUCCUCAGAGCUCAUCUUAUUUUAGUGCUGAAGAAAAAGUGGUUCCUGCAAGAAAAACGAAGAACGCAGGAGUGGGAAGUGAGAGAGAAAUUUACCUCCAUUGAUUUGGCUGAAAGGGGAGGUAAGAUUGAAGAGGUAACAGUGACCAAGGAUGAAAUGGAGAUGUAUGUUGAUUUACAUCCCUUAAGCAAUACAACCCCAUAUACUGUGGUUGAAAGCAUGUCAGUGGCAAAGGCAAUGGUACUCUUUAGACAAGUGGGACUCCGUCACAUGCUCAUCCUACCCAAAUAUCAAGCAGCUGGGGUGUAUCCUGUGGUGGGCAUAUUGACAAGGCAGGACUUGAGAGCCCACAACAUUUUGAGUGCCUUACCGCAACUGAAAAAGUCCAAUGGAAGCAAAAAGGGGCAUUAAUCUUCCAACCCGAGACAGCUUACUGUCACUUUCAAUCAUCACAUUCUUCUUUAAGUAUUAAUUCCUAAUUUUGUUGAAGAAUUCAUUCUUUCUCCAGAUUCACAAGUAUAAAGUAUACAAAGAUAUGUAGAUUGUUUGUCGCCA